AUGGAGGAGCAAAACGUCCCCAGUGAGGUGCCAGCAGCCCUAAAGCGCCUGGCCAAAUACAUAGUGCGUGGUUUCUAUGGUGUGGAGUGUUCCCUGGCCCUGGAUGUACUGAUCCGCUACCCCUGCGUGAAAGAGGAUGACUUGUUACAGCUGCUCAAGUACGAGCAUAAGCAACUGCGCGCUGUCCUCAACAUGCUCAAGGCAGACAAGCUGGUGAAGCUGCGGAUGCGAGUCGAAACGGGGCCUAACGGGAAGAGCACGAGGCACAAUUACUAUUACAUUAAUUACAAGGUGCUGGUGGAUGUGGUAAAAUACAAACUGGAUCAUGUACGUCGGAAAAUAGAAGCAGAUGAGCGGGAUUCAACUACCAGAUCCUCUUUUAAGUGUCCGUCUUGCUCUAGCUCUUACACGGACCUUGAAGUCAAUCAGCUCUUUGAUGCAUUUACAGAGACCUUCCGCUGCACUUACUGCAACACUGAAGUAGAGGAAGAUGGCUCAGCAUUUGCAAAGCACGAUGCUCGAACAUUGCUGGCGAAGUUCAACGAGCAGAUCGAGCCUGUCUUUGUGCUGCUGCGUGAGACUGAAGAUAUUGUGCUGCCCUAUGACCUGCUGGAGCCUCAGCCAACAGAAAUACCAGAAUUAUCAGAAAGCUUUGAUCCAAAGUUGGGCUCAAGUGUGCUGGAAUCCUGCAGCUGCCCUGAAAAAUGGGCACACAGAAGUUCCUCUUUUGGCCUUACAUACACCCAAAACUUAACUAUUGAUGUCCAAGACUCAAAGCACAAGAAGAAAAAAAGAGAAAAAGCAACUGAAAAGCAACCUAUCUGGUUGUCACAGAGCACCGUGGAAGGAGCAGCAACAGCCACCAACAAUACCGCUGGAGUAAAUGCUUCUGAAGAAACUGAAGAAAGUGUUAAAGAAACUGUCACUGAUAAUGAAAUCAUCAAGACUCUUCUGAUCCAUGAAUCCAAGUCAUCAUCUAGCAGAGACCAGGCUCCUGUUGUCAAAAGCAAACUACAUGGAUCAUGCAGUGAUAACAGUGAGUCCGAAGAGGAUGCCAAGCACUCAAGAGGAGCAGGAAUGAAAGUAGCAGGCAGCAACUUUGAGCAAGAGGAGGAACAAGAAACUCUGGGUCCUAUUUUAAUGGUAGCUGGUCAGCCCUGUUCAUAUGGUGAAGUUAGUGAAAAUCCACAGCUUGUGUCUCUCAUGACAGAUGAAGAGAGAGACGCUUAUAUAAAAGUAGGACAAGAAAUGUUCCAGUCUGUCUUUGAGUAACUACUACUGUAGGGAUAUGCAACCUUGUAUAGAAUGGAUGAAGGCUUCUAACUUACGUUCUUCAAAGUUAACCCUUCAGUGGUAAAGUUUUGUUUGAACUUGCUCUUAAGCAAGAUGGUAAUCCUGUAGUAGGUAACUACAGUUCAAAUAUUAUCAUUGCAGCCACAGCAAGUGUUUUCUGUUGUAAUGCUUAGACUUUGUGGAUGAUGUCAUUAGUUUUGGAGCAUGAAUCAUUUCAGGAUACAUUUGGAUCUGAUUAAAAUAACAUCUGAAAAGCAGUGAUGCAAUCUAUAGUAAGAAAUAAAUUAUUCCACCUUCCUCUCCGAAGUAACAGUUACUUCCAGUAGUGAAAAUGAGUCCAAAUCAAGUAUGACUUGGUUUCAGUCCAUAUGAGUGUUCCAUUGGUUUGUUAGGUCACUCACUAGGCACCAGUAAAGGACAGGUAUCACACAGCAAAAUCCUAAGGGCAGAGCUGUUACUAAAUUGCAUCAGCAAGAGAUGAGAGACAAUUCUGGUCUCUGAACUUUCAUCCUAAGAAUAAUUUUUC